GUCUUUCCCAAGGUCAUUUUGACUAGAAAUGGAACAUGAAGUUGACGGUCUGUUUUGGAGACACAAAGAUCGUGGUUCCUUGUGGUUCAGGGAACUUGACGGUUAGAGACUUGACUCUUAGUGGUUUAAAGAGAGUCAGGCAUACUUUACCGAAGCUUGGACCUCAGGAUCGCAUUGUUGUCCACAGCAUCAAUGUGGCCAGAGAUGGUGGUAUGCUUGAUUGGGAUGAUUUGGUUUGCGAUGUAGUAGACGAUCGUGAAAUGGUUACUGCUCACUUUUCGAUUGCCACCCUAUCAAAUAAUGUGAAGGAUUCUUGUCUCAAUCGGCCCUCAACUGGUCUUGAUUCUAUAUUUCAGACAAUUUCUACACCCUUAGUUGUUGAUUUGUGUUCUGAUAGUGCUAUUGAGCAUUCACUUCAUAGUCCUAUCCAGUCUAACGGAGUCAGUGAGCUUGGAGAUAGUGGAUUGAAUCUUGCACCUGUUUGUGGAAUCGGAUUGAAGCAAACCGAUAUUAAUGGUCAUAUCGCAAAUAGACUUCUGCGUACUGGAGACGGAAGUACAAGCAGUAGUAACUUAAGUCUAAAUCUUAGUAAUGAUAGCUAUGGAUUGCAUCAGCCAAAUGAGGUGCAUACGUCUCAGUUCCCUGGUGACAUCCACGAGUGGUUUUUGAAUAAUGAGUCUUCCCGUGAUACUAAUUCAAUGUCGCAUUAUAACAUUAAUGCAUACUGUGUCUCAACAAUAUUCUCUUCUGAUGACAAUAAUAAGAAAUGUUUUACAACCUCUUCAGUUCCUCAGUUGCCAUCUACUUGCUGCAAUACAGUAUCAAGUGCAUGUGAACAACUGAAAAGCUCUUCUUUUUCAUGCGAUAAAUCGUGCUCCAAUAGUAUCACCGUAAGUAGUACUGCAAUUUCAAAACAUUGUCAAAGAACACCACUUUCACCAAAUGUCUUCGAAAUGCUCUCAAAUGCCUUAUCUCGCCGUCGUGAUCUUAUUGAGUCUGGUUGGGAUUCUGAUGAUGAAGAUGAAGAUGUUUGUGAUCCUGACGGAGGUUAUUCGUACGAUUGUGAAAUAGGUGAACAACCAGACGAAUUAAUACCAUUACCAAAUACUGAUACUAUUGUUCAUUCAGAUACCACGAACAAAAGUUCAACUCUAACUCGAAAUUCUCCACCUGGCGGAAGCCAUUGUUGUUUAGAUGUCACAAAAAGUAAUAGUCAUCCUAAAAAUACUAGUGAUAGCUUUUCAACUGUAAGACAUCUUUUGAUGACUUCUACAUCAAAUGGGACUUGUGAUAAACCAAGUAAUCAAUCUGUUUUAUCCAAUGCAAAUAUUUGGCCCCUCUCCCUUCCACCUUUUUCUACUUCCGAUGCUUCGCAUGUUAAUAUUUCUACUAAUCUCCAGUGUAGAGUACAUUCUCCAGAGGAUGAAUAUCAUAUAGGCAUAAAUACUGAAAGACUGAUACGUACAGUUCAAAGUCAUAAUUCAUUUUCCAAUUCAACUAGUCCCGACUGUUUUUGUACAACUUCAAACAUAGAAUCUGAUUCAUUAGUCAACCGGUCAGAAUUCCAAAAUCUCAAUUAUUUCCAACGUAAUGUGGUAACUCAGUAUGACGAUGCAAUUCGACAACAGAAUGUGCAAGAUAUAUCAAAUAUGCAUAUAUUAAAAAAUAAUAUGGUUAAUAAUUCCAUUCAUCAAUCGAGACCUGAUCAUGUACAAUCGCAAUAUCCUCAAACAUGUAAUGUCAAUACAACAAAAUCCCUUGUUUUACCAAAUCGUCCUGUUGGCAGUAUAUCCUAUCCUCGAUCAGCAGCAGCAGCAGCAGCAGCACGUUUAGGAACAGUAUUUCAAAGCAAUUUAACUGUUCCAACUAUAGUUGAAGAAGAAGAAGAAUAUUCAGUAGAUUCUGAAGGACGACUUUCAUAUUUACCUGGAAAUAAAGCAGAACACCAACUUAUUGAUAAUAUGUUAGAAUCUAGAACUAAUUUUCUUAAUAAUAAUAAUAAUAAUAAUAAUAAUAAUAAUAAUAAUACUGAUAUGGAUAUUAAUGAAAUAAUCGAAGAAGAUUAUCCACUUCUACGCAAAGAUUAUGUUUUGGAAAAAGAUCAAACAUCUGUCCAAUCAAUCAAUAAUGUAUUACGCAUCAAUGCAAUCAAUAAUCAUGAAUCUACUACUAGUUCAAAUGAAUUACACUUAUCUAAUCUUCCAUUAACAACAACAACUAAUCGUUCUAUUCGUGGCCUACCUAAACCCGAUGUAAUUCGUUGGCUUGAAAAUACUUGUGAUGCUACUAUGAAUAAUAAUUAUAAAGUUGAAAAUAAAUCUAAUUCAUCACAUCUUUCAUCCACUGUAUCAUUGAAUCAAUCAGAUCUAAAUACAGAGAAUCAUCAAACAAUUCAUGAGGUACCUGAUAAAAUAUCUCUAAAUAUCAUUGAAUCUCCUUCAAUGAAUAAAUCUCAAGAAUCGAUAAAUAGUAAAGAUUCCAUAGUGUUAAUUCGUUUAGUCAAUACUAAACGUGGUGAAAAUUUAGGCAUACAAAUUAAACCGGUUUUUUCGGAUAUUUUAAAUGUUAACAAUGAUAAUUGUUCAGAUGACAAUAGCGGAUCAAGAAUUGAAUGUGGUCUUGAAGUUCAUAGCAUUUUACCGAAUGGACGUGUAGCACGUGAACAAUGUUUAUCUGUUGGAGAUCGAAUACUAAGUAUCAAUGGAAUUUCACUUAGCGGUAUACCAUUUGAAAAGGGUCGUGAUAUAUUUCAAGAAGCAUUACAUGAACCAGAAAUAUUACUUCGUGUCCUUCCUUAUUCAGCCUACCAGUAUAGUAGUCGUCCUUCAUUAUCAUUAUCUACACAAAGUAUUCCUAAUACCAAUAAACCAAUUGUUGAAAAAUCAGAGAAACCAUCAUGUGGUCUAAUUGUCAUUGUGCCAGAUCCAUCGGCUAAAGAUAAAGAACUUGAAGUCAAAUCCAAUAUCGGUCAAUCAAAACCAAUCCCACCACCACCACCUCGUCGUUCACCUAGUACUGUGUUAACUCGUAUACCAGAAGGAAUAAUUAAACCAUUGAUUGAUGAAUUUUUACAAGAGAAGAAACAGCAACAAGAAGAUGAAUUAAAGAGCAAACAACAACCUCCACCAAGUUAUUUGGAAUCAUCACAAGAUUUGACAAAAUCUAUUGUCCAUUCACAAACAAAUGUUAAUCAUAAUAAUAAUAGUGAUGAUAAAGACGAUUUAAUUGCCUAUACUUAUCACACUAUUCAUUUAUGUAAAGGUUCUAAUGGAUUAGGAUUUAGUUUAACUAGUCGUGAUUCAUCAACUGGUCAAAAAGUAAUCUGUGUGAAAAAUAUACUCCCUGGUGGAGCAGCUUUAAUCGAUGGUCAGUUAAAACCUGGUGAUCUUUUAGUAAAGGUUGAUGAUAUUGAUGUGAAUGAAAUUGGUCAAGCGCAAACUGUUGCACUAUUACGAAAUAAACCUGUCAAUACUCAUGUUACUUUAGUUGUUAAACGAUCAUCAAGAAAUGAUUCUUAUAAUCCAGAUAUCAAUAAAGAUACUAAUCUUCAUUGUAUAUGUGUACCACCUGAUUUGAAAACCACUCAACCAUCUGUUGUGUUUACAUUGGCAUCAAAUUGUUGCAUGAAUUCUACAAACGAACAACCAACAAAAUCAAUAUUUUCUUCAAUCUCUUCAUUAUCAUCAUCAUCAUUACAAUCAAUAAACCAAUCACAACAACAACAACAACAACCACAGCAACAUGAAAAAGUGAUUGUUGAACAACCAUCUAGUCAAGAGAUAAAAUUACCUAAUAAUAAUGAUAAGGUUAAUUAUAGUCUGUUUUGUGAUUAG